GGUUUCUUCUUCUUUCUUCGUCUCUAAGAAAAAAAAAAGAGAUUUGGGAACUCAGUUCCAAAAUAAAAAGAAGCCCCGCACCUCCUCCUCCUCGCCAACACGCCAAGCGACCAAAUCGCCGCCGCAGACGCAGCCGCCUAGGGCUUCGCCGCCGUCGCAGAUCCCUCCUUCCGCCUGCUGCUGCGGGUCCUCCGUGUUCGUGACUGCUGUGUCGGCGCCGAGAUAAAUUUUCCUGCCGUCACUCAGAUUUUGUGAGUGUUCGAUAUGGGUGGAAGCAACUAUGAUGACGACUGGGUGUUGCCCAGUGCUGACAUCACUCUUGUUCUUGUUGGAAAACUUGGCUAUGGCAAGAGUGCAACUGGCAAUAGUAUCCUUGGACGGGAAGCAUUUGUAUCAGAAUACUCUCAUGCUAGUGUGACAAAUACUUGUCAGAUGGGAAGCACCAUGCUGACGGAUGGCCGCACCAUCAAUGUUAUUGAUACACCAGGAUUAUUUGACAUGACCGUAACCCCUGAGGAUGCUGGCAAAGAAAUUGUUAAGUGCAUGAACAUGGCUAAAGAUGGGAUACAUGCUGUGUUGAUGGUUUUUUCUGCUACAUCUCGAUUUUCUCGAGAAGAUUCUAGUACAAUUGAGACCAUUAAAGUGUUUUUUGGAGAAAAAAUCGUUGAUCACUUGGUCUUAGUUUUCACUUAUGGAGAUUUAGUUGGUGAAAAUUUAUUGAAGAACAUGUUAAGUAAUGCCCCAGAGUAUCUACAGAAAGUUGUUCAGCUCUGCAAAAACAGAGUGGUUCUUUUCGAUAACAAGACCAAGGACCCUAGGAUUCAAGCUAAGCAGCUCGAAACGUUGCUUGAUGUGGUUGAUUCUGUUAGUGCAAAUAAUGGAGGAAACCCAUUUACAGAUCAAAUGCUCACUCGCCUUAAGGAGGUGCAUGAUAGAGAAAUGGAGGUUCAUGAUGCUAUGGGAUAUUCAGAGGACCAGAUAACUGAAUUGAAGAAGGAGAUCCACAGAACUCGGGAUGAACAGCUUGCAAACAUUACUGCCAUGGUGGAGGAAAAGCUGAAUAUCACGGUGGAGAAGCUGCAAGUUCAGCUCAUGGAAGAACAGAAUGCAAGGCUAGAAGCAGAGAGGGUGGCGGCAGAGGCCAGGGUGAAAUCCGACGAGGAGAUCCGCAAGCUCAAGGAGAGGCUCGAGAGGGCCCAGGAGGAAAACGAGGAGUUCCGGAGGCUGGCGGCGACCAACAAGUGCGCUAUUCUGUAAACAGCUCUCCCCUGGGAAAAAGUUACCGGAUGUCUUGUUAAUAGGGAGGGGGUGAACUUGAGCCAGUCUAGUAGUAACAGAUAAUACUUUGGUUGCAUCGUCUCGUAUAUUAGUAGAUGUGUAGAACUUGAAUGCCUGGGGAGUCGGGUAACUAUAUAUUAGCUACAGUUAUACUUGGUUGCAAUCGUCUCGUAUAUCAGUAUCAUCUGGCGAUCUUUUUUGGUUU